CGGCGGCGGCGGCGGCAGCGACGGUCGCCCACCAUGAGCCGCCUCCUGCUCCUCCACCUGCUCGGGACGCUGGCCCCCGCCGCCCAAGCGCUCCUCCAAGUGACCAUUUCACUUAGCAAAGUCGAGCUCAGCGUCGGUGAAUCGAAAUUCUUCACGUGUACAGCUAUCGGGGACCCUGACAGCGUGGAGUGGUUCAAUCCGCAAGGAGAGAAGAUAACGUCCACGCAGCGGGUAGUCGUGCAGAAAGAGAGCGGUAGGUCCCGGCUCACCAUCUACAACGCCAACGUAGAGGACGCGGGCAUCUAUCGGUGCCAGGCCACGGACGCUAAAGGACAGACUCAAGAAGCUACGGUGGUCCUGGAGAUUUAUCAAAAGCUCACGUUCCAGGAGGUGGCCUCUCCUCAGGAGUUCAAGCAGGGGGAGGACGCGGAAGUGGUUUGCCGGGUGAGCAGCUCUCCCGCCCCGGCCGUCAGCUGGCUCUACCAGAACCAGGAAGUCACCGCUCUUGGCGACAGUCAGUAUUUUGACCGGUUCGCCGUGUUAGCCAACAAUAACCUCCAGAUCCUCAAAGUCAACAAAAGCGACGAGGGAACGUACAGGUGCGAAGGCCGGGUGGAAGCGCGGGGAGAGAUCGAUUUCCGAGAUAUCGUCGUCAUCGUUAACGUUCCGCCAGCCAUUACGAUGCCCCAAAAGUCUUUUAACGCAACCGCUGACAGGGAGGAGGCGAUGACGUUAUUCUGUAAAGCUUCUGGUGCCCCCAAGCCCGAGAUCAACUGGUAUCGGAAUGGCAAGCUUAUUGAAGAAAAUGAAAAAUACACAUUGAAAGGAAGCAACACCGAGCUCACCGUCAGGAAUAUCAUCAACAGCGAUGGAGGCCUUUACGUCUGUCACGCCACAAACAAAGCUGGAGAAGAAGAAAGGCAGGUUUUCCUCCAAGUCUUUGUGCAGCCUCACAUUAUACACCUGAGAAAUGAAACCACGUUUGAGAACGGCCAGGCGACCCUCGCGUGUGAGGCGGAGGGAGAGCCCCUUCCGGAAAUCACUUGGAAAAGAGUCAUCGACGGGAAAACCUUCUCCGAGGGUGACAAGAGUCCAGAUGGCCGCAUAGAGGUCAGAGGUCAGCCCGGAAAGUCAUCGCUGCACAUCAAAGACGUGAAGUUGUCCGAUUCAGGCAGAUACGACUGCGAAGCCGCGAGCAGGAUCGGAGGACACCAGAAGAGCAUGUUCCUCGACAUCGAAUAUGCUCCCAAGUUCGUGUCCAACCAAACAAUCUAUUAUUCUUGGGAAGGAAAUCUCAUCAAUAUCAGUUGUGAAGUCAAGUCCAACCCACCAGCGUCAAUCCACUGGAGACGAGAAAAAUUAGCAUUACCUGCAAAGAACACCACCCAUCUAAAGACCUACAGUACAGUAACGAAGCUGAUAUUAGAGAUCGCUCCCACAUCUGACAGCGACUUCGGGCGUUACAACUGCACCGCUGCGAACCGGAUAGGGACGCGAUUCCAAGAAUACAUCCUCGCGCUGGCCGACGUGCCCUCCAGCCCCUCCGGGCUCAGAAUCACGGAGCUGUCCCAGACUACAGCCAAGGUGUCCUUCACCAAACCCGACUCGCACGGCGGGGUCCCCAUCCACCACUACCAAGUGGACGUCAAGGAAGUGGCCGCCGAGACCUGGAAAGUGGAGCGCUCUCAAGGAGUUCAGACGGUGGUCAGCUUGUCCGAACUGAAGCCAAACACGACUUAUGAAAUCAAGGUGUCGGCAGUCAACGGGAAAGGUCAAGGAGGCUCUAGCAAGAUCGAGCUCUUCCAAACGCUGCCAGUCCGUGAACCGAGCCCCCCCUCCAUCCACGGCCAGCCCAGCAGUGGGAAGACCUUCAAGCUCAGCAUCACGAAGCAAGACGACGGGGGAGCCCCUAUCCUGGAAUACAUCGUGAAGUACCGAAGUAAAGACAAGGAAGACCAGUGGCUGGAGAAGAAGGUGCAGGGCACUAGGGACCACAUCAUCCUGGAGCAUCUGCAGUGGACCAUGGGUUACGAAGUGCAGAUCUCCGCGGCCAACCGGCUGGGCUUCUCGGAGCCCACGCUCUACGAGUUCAGCAUGCCGCCCAAGCCCAGCAUCAUCAAAGACACCCUUUUCAACGGGCUCGGCCUCGGGGCGGUGAUAGGGCUGGGGGUCGCCGCCCUCCUCCUCAUCCUGGUGGUCACCGACGUCAGCUGCUUUUUCGUCCGGCAAUGCGGCCUGCUUAUGUGCAUCACCAAGAGGAUCUGCGGGAAAAAGAGCGGAUCCAGCGGGAAGAGUAAAGAGCUCGAGGAGGGCAAGGCCGCCUACUUGAAAGACGGAUCGAAAGAGCCAAUCGUGGAGAUGAGGACGGAGGAUGAACGGAUCGCCAACCACGAAGAUGGGAGCCCGGUCAACGAACCCAACGAGACCACGCCCCUGACAGAGCCCGAAAAAUUGCCACUCAAAGAAGAGAACGGAAAAGAAGCUUUAAACCCAGAAACUAUAGAGAUCAAAGGUUCCAACGAUAUCAUCCAGUCAAAAGAAGGCGAUAGCAAGGCAUAAUCGGAAAGCCGUGGCCGCCCGGCCAACGAUGAUUUGGAUCGGAGUGACCCCUGUGACCAAAACUCUAGAGCUGACCUUAAUAUCUUGGGCGACUUUAAGCUUGGAAUAGUUAGCCCCAAAUGUACAUAUGCUCACACCACUCCCAACCCUGUUUGGAUUUCUGUUGGUUUUGUUCAGUUUCGGUCUGUAGUCCUGGUUGCCACCCUCCCCCUCCUCCCUGGCCCUGCUGUCCCGGGGGUCGGUUUGAUGGCUCCCUAGAAGGAACGUGGCAUCUCUGGCGAAGGCCCCUGUUGUCCGAAGAACACGAUUCGGCCGCCAUCCCUCCCCCCACCUCGGUAUGUCCCCCACCCGACUCCCUUCCCUCGCCGGUGGAGGGAAACUCGUCGGCACGAGGCAAACCCGGGAGAGAGAGCACUGCGCUUGCUUGGAUUCCGGUACUUUCUGUUGCCGCUUAUCAGUAAAAUGAGGAAACGCGAUCUGGUGCUAGCGAGACAAUCAAGAGGUGUAGUCCUGACGGUGGGAAGGUCCCGUCCUGCGGUUCGGUUUGGAUACCGGACCUUCGAGCGAUGGGACUCUCUGGGGGUCUGGGGAGAAGUUUUAAGGGCAUGGAAAACCAAUGAGCGCAUUAGACAAUUCCAACCCGGUGAUAAGGUUCGGUGAAAAAGAUUAGUCACAUUCAAGGGUAUGGCUUGAAAGCCCCCUCCCUCCCCCCGACCCAUUUUCUGCCUUUGAGAUGUACUCGUUUGUCAGGGGCCACUCGUCAACUGUUUGGUUAUCAGGGGUGGAAGGGACAGAGGAGGGUGAUGUGUUUCUGUGCUGGCCAGUUUCAUCUUCAUGGAUACUUAAGAGGGGAACAAACUCAUCCUGGGUCGACCCUCCAACCCUCCAAAUCCCUGAUUUCAGAAUAACCCAAACUACCCUUCCCUCGGAACAGAGGGCUCAUUGUCUGGUUGUCCCCUUCAAAUGCGGAGAGUUUAAGACCGCACUUCAUCACCUGACAGGAUCUGAGGUCUACUAAGGCCCCUAUGUGACUUAAAAUGGUGAAAGGAAGGCAGUAUGACUAAAUUCUACAGAAAUAUAAAAAAUGGUCAAAUAUCUAAUAUAUAUAUAUAUUAUAUAUAGGGUCAGUCUAUUUUUUCUGCUAAACAUUUUUAUUGCUGAUUAUUUUUAUUCAAUCUGGUCCCAGUAGAGAAUAUAUAAACUAUCACAAAGUUCUGAUGAUCUAUUUUCCUUUAUGAAAAUUCAUCCCUAUCUAUUUCUCUUUGAUAUCCUCUUGUCACUGACCCGCUGGAGUGGUGUUUAGGCCCUAAUCCAGCAGGAAUUACGUAGAACUACCGAGCUAUGCAAACUCCCAAGGAAACAGAGUGAUGAGGAACGGCACUCCUGGGUGAGGUGAGAGGAAAAAAAUCAGGAUCAUGUACCUUUCGGGAGGAAGCGGGAGAUUUUUCUUCCCCCGUUCUCUCGCGUACCAAAGUCGUUCCUCUUCGAGCCCUCGCGUGCGUUUGAACUCGGGGGGGUUCAGCGAUGAAACGGCUGAGAGAUUGAGGUCCGGGCCCUCCCGGUGAGAAGUGGUCCGGGGAUGUUGCAGCCCGCCGACCAGGGUGGAGAGGUCAGCGUGGGUGAUCCGGUCCGGACUGUCCACGGCCUCCGCCCAUCUUGGUCGGCCGUUUUGCUUCAGCUCCUCCUGGCAAUGGGACGUUUCCUCAGUGGACCCCGUUUUCCCAAACAAGGGUCCACAGGGGGCAGAGGGAGGGAGGGAAGGGGACCUUGAAGAGUCGGGCCCGGGAAUUGCGAACGAGGGUGCGGAUGGUGCGGUCGCCUCGGCGGAGUCGGCUCCAGAUCACGAAGGGGAGAGGAAGGGGGAGAGCUGAGGCGACCCCCCACCAUGGCUGCUUCCUGUCACGCUUGCUCUACUACACGUCCAAAUCUCCCCUCCCCCCCCAAAAAAAGCAGAACAUCUUUUGUUACCUAUUAAUGUGAAUGUCGAGUUUCUUUCUCUUCGCUUUGAAGGACUGCGGAGCCAUUUCCUGGAGUGGUCGUAUCUGGUCACAGUUAGUAUCCUCUCCCCCUCUCUGCACCGGCCUUGUUGAACAAAUCUCCAGAUUUCCACAUGGGUCAAGGUGCGGGUGGGGUUUUUUGUUGGGUUUUUUUUUAACCUAACGUGCACUGGAACGGUCCAAGUCAACAUUUCCCAACGAGAUGGCCCGUAGUAAACUAUAAGAUACGUGUACGACUGAAAUAACAUGGUUCCUUUAUUUUCCUUUCUUCUUCUAGACUGAAAAUACCCAGAUAUCUGUAUAAUUGUCACUUUUAUUGUCUGAGAGUAAUUAUAAGUGUUAGUAUAAAAUGUCAGAAGAGUUGACCGAAUAUAGCUACCGAUAAAAGAAUCCGAGUCACCUGUUCUCCCGGGGCACCUGUGGUGAUGUUCGGUAGGGUUCCUUGACUCGGGAGGAGGACGAUUUAUGUGCAACAACUGGAAAGGGGCGGCGGGGAACGGUGAAAUCAGACUAAUCCGUCUCUCUUCUUUUCGGAUUCCGGCACCAUUGUCAGUCACCGUGUUUUACCAUCAUUUCCAAAGGAAUUUCAUAGAGCUUGUGCUUUUUUUUUUCCUUUUUAACCUAUUUAUUAUUUUUGCGAGGGCAGCGGUAUUGAUGAAGAUGCCUAAUAUGAAUGCAUCUGUUUGGUUUCUAUUUCCUUCGCAAAUUUUGUACACAGAGCAAUGUGCAAAAGCCAUUUUGAUAUAACAAAUUCCACUUGAUACUAACCUUUGAAUUGAGUAUUUAUCUCGUAGAGGUUUUUUAUGAUGAUGAUUUAAUCGACCGAUUCUUUAGUUCAGUGCCAAUCAUUUCACUCUAGUCUUACGGCCCUCCCUUCCUCCUGUUUCUUUUCUUUUUUUGGAAAAAAAAGUAAGCUGUAUUUGUGCCUUUGGAUUAGCAUGCCACUCUGCUUUAUUAAAGGAAAGAAAAAAACACCUGCAA